GUAGAUUCACCGAGAACCACAACAUCCCUGGAUAUAUAUCAGACAAGGUCUGCCGAGGUUCUGCUGUGAUCAGUGUCAACUGUUCUUUCCAUCUCGAGGGAAAAUUAGUAUUCAUUCUUCAAGUAUCACAUAACAACAUUCGUCUAAGUCAGUUGUUUGUGUUUUCAGAUUGUUUUCUGAGCCAUCUUUCAAGAUGGUGUCGUGUUGGACAAUGGGUGCUUUGAUAGCUUGGUGCAUCUUGGGAACUGCUUUGGCUUAUAAAACAACUGCUCUAGUCAAGCGAGAGAUCGGAGGAAGUUCCAGUUUCGGCGCUGGAGGAUAUUCUGGUGGAGGCGGAGGUGGCAUCCCUUCAUCUGGCUAUGGGGCUCCUAGUGCAGCAUUUGCAUUAAGUCGUACUCCAUCUUUUUCUAAUGGAGCCCCUAGUGGCAUAUUAGGAGGAGGUGGUGUUUCUGCGUCGAGUUACGCAUCUGGUAGUGGAGGAUUUGGAGGUGGUGGCACUCCUUCGUCCAGUUACGGAGCUCCAAGUGGAGGAUUUGGAGGUGGUGGUACUCCUUCGUCGAGUUAUGGAGCUCCAAAUGGUGGAUUCGGAGGCGGAAAUGACGGCCAUUCUUCCAAUUAUGCCAGCCUGUCUUCACCUUCAUCCGGUUAUGUAGCUCCUAGCGGUGGAUUUGGAGGUGGUGUCGCUCCAUCGUCAAAUUAUGGAGCUCCGAGUGUUGGAUUCACUGGAGGUUCCCCUUCUUCGGGUUAUGGUGCUCCCGCUUCUCCAUCAUCUACUUACGUAGCUUCCGCUGUUGGGCGUGGAAGCAUUGGUGGUGGUCCUUCACCGAGCUAUGGCGCACCAUCACAACCAUCUUCGUCGUAUGGAACCCCGUCAGUAUCAUCCGGAUCAUACAGUAGUUCCAGAACUGGAAGCUUUGGAGCACCAUCUUCCAGCUAUGGUGCACCAGCAGCGCCGUCAGGUAGACCAUACACGCCAUCCGGAACCUAUGGUGCUCCACAUCCCCCUGCCCCGCCAUCUACCAGCUACGGAGUGCCCGCUGGUCCCUCUUCAGACUACGGAGCUCCCAGAGCCCCCUCUGGAUCGUUUGGCGGUGGAGCGCCAUCUCAAGGUUAUGGAACUCCUUCCAUCCCUUCAGCGCCACCAAGUAAUUACGCAGCCCAAGCAUUCGGUUCGUUUGGUGGAGGAAACCCUUCACAAACCUACAGCGCCCCUGGCAGCUCUGGAUCUUUUGGAGGUGGUGCUCCAUCACAGAGUUACGGAGUACCAUCCAGACAGCCAAGCUAUUACAGUGCUCCGAGCGCAGUUCCUUCCGGUAGUUAUGGCGCUCCUAGUAUUUCGACAUCUCAAAGCUAUAGUGCUCCUUUAGGACCAGCUACCACCUACAGCGCUCCCUCAACACCUACAUCAAAUUACGGAGCUCCAAGUGCUUCGUCGGGUUUCUUUGGAAGUCCAUCUCAAAAUUAUGGCGCUCCAUCCAGACCUUCUGGAAAUUACGGUGCUCCCCCUGCCCCGCCAUCCCAGAAUUAUGGGGCACCAGCAUCUGGGCCAUCAAGGGCUUCAGGAUAUUUCAGCUCGUCGAGUAAAUCGUCUCAAGGAGGCGCACCGUCAAGGAGUUACGGGGUUCCAGCAACUAUAGGGCAAAACUAUGCAAGCAAUGGGGGUUAUGUGUAUUAAUUACGUAGGUUUCAUUAUCCGGUCAAAUUGAAGUAUUCAGAUUUAUAUUUUCUUUAACUUCCGUGAUAGUAUGUUGGAAUGAAAUAUACUAUUACGCUCGAUAAGUUUUUUAAAAUUUGCGUUAUAAUAAAGAUUUUAGUUACGUAAGUUAUUAACACGAGUCACGUGAGACGUCUGAAAGUUCUUAGUUAUCAUAAAUGCCAUUUUGUAUUCAAAUUUUUAUAUAUAUAUAUUUUAAAAAGGUCAUAGCGUUUCACUAAACUCCACUCAUUUUUGGAGAUUUUGAAGAUAAAAAUUUUAAAAUUAUUGAUGGAGAUUCCUAUUACUGUUUCGAUUAUUUUAUUUUAUCUUUAAUUAAUGAUUACCCUAGCAGUUCUUAAUCUGAAAUACUUCGUAUUUUUUUGGAAGCUACAGUUAUCCACCUGAAACACAGUAAAGAAAGACCCAACGUUUCGUCAAGUUUUAAUGUUAAAUUGUAUCUCAUCUGUCGCAUAAGGGAUCUUUGUUUUUCAGAACAACUUUAUAAUUGAAGCAGCUGUUUGUGAAAUUUUUUAUUUGACCAAAAAUUGUAACCAUUUCCUGCAUUAAAUAUCCUACCUCAGUGAAGUGAGAUUUCACAGUUUGCCUCAUAUGUUCUGUCAUGGUUUUUGCAAGUAUUCAUGUGUGAGUCUUAAGUUGUAUAAUAUAUUGCAUCAUUACAUUGUCUGCAUGUUUUCUCUUCUACCCUAAACUUCGAAUUUUGUUAAUUUCGCUUAAUCGUGUAUAUAUAGUACAUUAGUUCAAUGUUUUAGGUAUGAGAAAUCUUGAGCUGGGCAUUAAUACAAAGUGUGUGGUUUUCCAGACUUGGAUAAUGGAAUCGUAACUUGAUGACUAUUUUACAGUGCAAUUUUUACUUUUUUGUGUAUUCUUGUCAUCAUAAUAGCUUUACAAGAAUAUCAAUGGCAUUUCUGAAUCUAAAUUUUCACAUGACAAAUUGGUGUACAGUUUUCUGUAUUUUCUUGAAAAUAUCAGCUUGCCUGUAUAUAUAAUCUAUUAACUGUAUAAUAUUUUUUACGCAUUUUGAAUUCAAUAAAGAGUUUUAUAUAUUUGUAAUAGCAUA